CGCAGUCACUCCUCUCGACAGCCACAUCCACCACUCUCCUCUCCCCUUCUCCUCACCUCCAGCCCUCCUCUCCACUCAUCUGAUGCAACCCUCCAUUCAUCUGGAACACGAAGCAAAAUCAACCCUUCAUCCUCCCCCCCAAAAUCAGCCUUAACUAGUCAUGGACACCACAAGGAACAUCCUCUCCAUCUCCGAAGCACUCUACCACCUGAUCGUCAUGAUGCUGACGCUGGGCCAGGGCGUCCAUUCGAUGCCUGUUCCCACUGACGUCCCCGUGUGCACGGCCUCAGAAACGGCCCAGUACAAGCUAACGUUUUCUGGCAAGUGGACCCCGGCAGCUUUCCCUAAACAGUAUCCCGUGUACCGUCCACCUGCACAGUGGUCCAACCUCAUCGGGGUGACCCACAGCUCUGACUACCACAUGUGGCAGCGUAAUGGGUUCGCCAGCAACGGAGUGAGGGAGUUUGCAGAAAAAGGCGAGGCCUGGACGCUCAUGAAGGAAGUCGAAGCGGCCGGGGAACGCAUCCAGAGUGUUUAUGGGCUCCUGUCCGCUCCCGCUGUUGUGGGAGGCACAGGCCAGACGAACACGGAGUUUCAGGUCUUCGCCAGGCACUCUUAUCUGUCGUUUAUCGUGCGUCUCGUUCCAAGCCCGGACUGGUUUGUGGGAGUGGAGAGCAUCGACCUGUGUGAGGGCGACCACUGGAAAGACAACGUGUCGCUGGAGCUUUUCCCAUACGAUGCAGGAACUGACAGCGGGUUCACCUUCUCUUCUCCCAACUUCGAAACCAUCCCACAGGACAAAAUCACACAGAUCACUUCUUCCUUUCCUAGCCACCCUGCCAACUCCUUUUACUACCCCCGCCUGAAGCACCUGCCGCCCAUCGCCAAGGUAAUGCUGACUAGGAUAAACAAGACCAAUCAGAUCAUCAGCCUUCCUUUGGAGCCCACCCAGUCCAACCAACUGCCAACAGGAAACGAGAUCGAGGACACACUCAUAAAUACCCCUCUGGACUGCGAGGUGUCAGUGUGGUCUCCUUGGGGCUUGUGCAAAGGCAAGUGUGGAGACUCGGGCGUGCGGCACCGCACACGCUACGUCGUCAUGCACCCGGCCAACAACGGAUUAGCCUGCCCCCUGCUGGAGGAGGAGAGGAAGUGCUCUCCGGACAACUGUUUAUGACUAAGCCAGGGAAGGAGGGAGAAGAAAGAGAGGAAGGAGAGGAGGGAGAAGAAGGAGAGGAAGUCCAGGACAGGGAGGAAAGGACGAAGACGGAGGACCAACAAUAAAAGGUCUGCGGUGUUUUCACAUGAGGCAUAAGUAUGAUGAAGGUGGACGCCAUUAUCUCCUCCACUGGCCAAUCAGCUGUCUGUGGAAAUGACUGAUUGAUUGUCUGAUUGUUUAACUGCAGAAGAGGUCUCAUCCUCCAGUCACAUGUAUAGAUCUGACAGCACUAGAGAGGUGUAGUUUGGCACAACAGCUAUUAGACACCAAUUUAGUUUUGGCAGAUUUUCUAAACUGUCUGAGGAUAGAACUAAAAACUGUUUUCACAUUAUAACUUGGUUUUAAUUGGACCUUUCUGAAGAUCACAGAUAAAAAGAAAAAUUCACAGUGGAUUACAAGUCCAAGCAGCUUCCAUUAAGCAGAUUUGGGGAAAAAAAGAAAAAAUAUACACAAUACUUAAGAUCUAAAAUCACUAUAUCAAAUAAAAUCCAAAUUAUAUAAACUCUGGGAUUGGGAGAAACAUUAUGCCCAAAUUGUUCCAUAAGGAGAGGUACAGCAGUGCAAGCAAAAAAGUGAGACAUAGAAAUUAAUGAACGGUCCUCUCCGCAUUCAAAACAUACUGUUCACAGAGACACUACUGUUUCGUUUUCCUGAAGACAAAGAAUAUAUUUAUUGACAGGAUUUUAACCUGUAGUGUACAGUAUAUCAAAUCUCAAUGUUAUAAUGUG